CAUCCCCCCCGUUCAUUCGUCCCCUCCUACCCGCAAUAGGCUAGUCCUUGGUAGCUGGUGCUGUGGACCCCGCGGUUUUAUUGUUGAUUGGCUUAGCAGGGAUAGAGAAGGCGGUGGUUCGCAGUCUGUGAGGCGCGCCAUUUUACUCGCUUAGUGGAACAGUGGACGUGGGGCGCGAGGGCUUUAGCUCUGCAGAUUCUGAACUAGUCAUGAAAAACUCCAGGCCAAGGGAGAAGCAGGGGAAUAAAACACCGGAAAGCGCCAAGGCACCAGAUGAAGCACAGAUCAAGGCUUUAUUGGAAAGAACAGGAUACACUCUAGAUGUUACAACAGGACAGAGAAAGUAUGGUGGUCCUCCUCCAGAAUCGGUGUCUUCAGGCGCUCAGCCUGGGAUUGGUACAGAGGUUUUUGUGGGUAAAAUACCAAGAGACUUGUUUGAAGAUGAGCUUGUGCCCCUUUUUGAGAAAGCAGGUCCCAUCUGGGAUCUUCGACUUAUGAUGGAUCCUCUUUCUGGGCAGAAUCGAGGCUACGCCUUCAUAACUUUCUGUAAUAAAGAAGCUGCACAGGAAGCUGUUAAAUUGUGCGACAACUAUGAAAUUCGGACAGGCAAACACAUCGGCGUUUGCAUUUCUGUGGCUAACAACAGACUGUUUGUUGGGUCCAUUCCAAAAAACAAAACUAAAGAGAAUAUUCUGGAAGAGUUUAGCAAAGUUACAGUUGGCAGCAUUUCUGUUGAACAGGAUUUUUGUGUUGACAUUCCAGAGGGCUUGCUGGAUGUGAUCCUCUACCACCAACCAGACGAUAAAAAGAAAAACCGUGGCUUCUGCUUUCUGGAAUAUGAAGAUCAUAAAACUGCAGCUCAGGCCCGACGCCGGCUGAUGAGUGGCAAGGUGAAGGUGUGGGGCAAUGUUGUGACAGUGGAGUGGGCAGAUCCUGUUGAGGAACCUGAUCCAGAAAUAAUGGCAAAGGUUAAAGUUCUCUUUGUAAGAAAUCUUUCCUCCACUGUGACUGAAGAGAUUCUGGAAAAAGCUUUCUCUGUCUUUGGAAAGCUGGAGCGUGUGAAAAAACUGAAAGAUUAUGCCUUUGUGCACUUUGAUGAAAGAGAUGCUGCAGUGAGGGCCAUGGAUGAGAUGAAUGGAGCAGAACUGGAGGGGGAAGAGAUUGAAAUAGUUCUUGCUAAGCCACCUGAUAAAAAAAGGAAAGAACGUCAGGCAGCACGUCAGGCUUCUCGGGGAAGUUCGUAUGACGAUUAUUACUAUUACCCCCCACCUCGUAUGCCACUUCCUGGUAGAGGCCGAGGCCGUGGAGGCAGAGGGGGCUAUUCCUUUCCUCAAGAUUACUAUGGAUAUGAAGAUUACUAUGAUGAUUACUAUUCAUAUGACUAUCAUGACUACCGUGGGGGUUAUGACGAUCCCUACUAUGGCUAUGACGAUGGCUACCCUGUGCGAGGAAGAGGAGGUAGAGGUGGGAGGGGUGGACCACCACCCCCCAGAGGUAGAUCUGUUCCUCCUCAGCGUGGAGGGCGAACAAGCUAUGUUCCUAGAGGGUCUCCCAUGGGUCCUCCUCGAGGGUCCCGUGGUGGACGUGGAGGGCCUGCUCAGCAACAGCCACGAGGACGGAACCCAAGAGGCAUCCGUGGCAGCAGAGGUGGAAACGUUGGUGGUAAAAGAAAGGCAGAUGGUUAUACCCAGCCAGACUCAAAGCGCCGCCAGACCAACAAUCAACAGAACUGGGGGACACAGCCUAUCGCCCAGCAGCCAUUGCAGCAAGGUGGUGAUUAUACUGGUAACUAUGGUUACAGUAAUGACAACCAGGAGUUUUAUCAGGAUACUUAUGGGCAGCAGUGGAAGUAGGCAAGGGCAUAUUCUUCAGACAGAACACACAUACACACACUCUUAAAUAUAUAUUCAUAUAUAUAUUUCUGUUUCUAGAACUCUGCCUUUAUGGUUUUUUUUUUUAUAGGCAGUGUUUCUUCAUUCUGCUGUAUAUACCUUAGUUUUAGCUUUAUUGCUCUGUUACAGUUGGUAUUCAAAUGGAACGCACUGGUAGAGUUACGGUAUUUAAAGUAUUUCUGAACCUUGUGUUCUGGAUAUGGGGAAUGGGUAUUUGGAGAGAGUAUUAUGAGCAUAAGUCGGCAAACGGAGCACAUAUCCUGUAGUUGGGCUCUUUUCUUUCCCAUUCCACCCCUGUGAAAGUUUUGUCUGCUUAUAUUUAGAGAAGUAAUUUUGUGGCAUUGUCUUCUGAACAUGGACUGCAAAGUUUUUGUGCUGUUAAGUCAAUUUGUUUAAAAUCAUUUCUUACAACCCCUUCCCAGUUCAGUGUUUUUAGUGGUUUUAGACUUUUAUUUUUUUUUUUUUGAGAGGGGUUUUAAUGCUGUUGGACAAUGUCAAUCAUGAUUUUGACAGAAUGCAGUAUUGACAAUUUCCCCUUGGAUUUGGAGUAUCUUCUGCAGGAUUAAGCUGUAUAUAAAUUUAAACACUAGUGCUGUCUUAAGUAAAAAAUAAAAAAAAAAUCUAAAAAUAUUUUAAAGAUUCAUGUAUUAAAUGACUGUGCAUUUUGGAUUCCUAGAACUAGGUGAAGUUGUGUAUUUUUUUUUUUUUUUCAUGAAGGCAAAAAUAUGCCUAACACGUUUGGCUUGGGUAACAAAAUCCUUGACCGUUUGUUCUGUGAUUGUAUUUACAAAUUUACUGUUCAUGUACAAUUUCAAUAAAACUCCAGAAAAUCCUAUUGCAAAAAAAUAUAUAUACAUGAAGGAAAAAGAAUCAUUAAAAAAAAAAAAAAAAAAGCAAAAACGGAGUUGUGAUUCUUGCAACAAAACUUACAAAAGUCUGAACUGCAUAUGUGAGUGAUCAAAUCUGAAAAAAACUACACUUAAACCAUGAUAUAAAGCUAUGAAAGUGGGUUUUAAACUAAACUGUAAAAAUCCAUUAAACACGCUUGGUUUCCAAA